ACGGAAAUUGAGCAUUUUUAAUGGAUAAUCCGGAGAGUACGGGUGACGUUUCGUGGUUUGAGCUAUUCGUCGACCCAACAUGCAUCUCAAAGUCGCUUUUGGACCCGGAAAAGAGAAAACAACUCCCACGACUAUGUAUGCAAUUCACGGAUAAAGGAUUCCUCGCCGAACGGGAAAAAGAUAAAGGAAAAUUGGCUGUCGAGGAGCUGAUGCUCUUCGAGAGAAAGGCGGCAAGUAUGAGAUUGUGUGCGAUGGCCACGUUUGCCGCGUUGGAUUAUGAUAUAGAGUUUAUUAUUGAUAACAUUCCUCGCAACGAAAUCCAAACAUUACGUGUGCUGGCCGACAAUUUCUAUCGAAUCUACAACGAAAAGAAUCUCGACGCAACAUUCGGCAAUUGGCUCUUCUACCGUUUCGUACUUUCCAUAGAUCGCCGUAAUCGUCUUGCACCGCCGGCUCCGCGAGCCACAAUUCCAACAACUUUAAGCAAUGGACAACUGAUGCCAACUGAUCCAGCACUGCUGAAACACGAAAAAACACAAAGAACAAUUAUGGAAUUAAAGGAACAUGUGUUGAAAGCGAGAGCAUUUAUAACUGAAUUGGCAGAAGUUCCACGAGAUGUUGUUGCUCCAGGAAUUCAGUGCUUUUUGAAGCCUUUUGUUGAACUGGCACCGAAAGCCAUGACAGCCGCGUUCCUUGGAGAUCGUAAUGUGCUCAUCGAGAAUCCAUCUGCAGAUUUUGAAGUCGAUAAGGUGCUCCUUUCAGCUGGUGACGUGUCAAAUAAGUGCCUAAGUGAACUGGUGACAUUCCUAUUCACCUCUGGAGAACUACAAGAAGCCAAGAAAAUACUGACACGUGUUGUAAAACCUACAGUAACCCAUCCACUUGUUGCAAUUGACGAGACGAUUUUCAAAUCCUAUUGUCAAAUUCUCAACGCUCAAGGAACACCGUAUUCCAGCUCAACGGCUUCAUCUUCACUCUUAAAACCUUACGUUUUUGACCUGAAUUCACUAAACGAUGAAAAAAUGCGUAGGAGUGAAGUUUUGAGGCAUCGCGGUGUUCAAGAAACCACCGGACAACUGCAAAAUGUGUAUUUGGCUGAAAAUGCGGCGCUGUCGGUGAUUGAUGAACAUCCAGAGUGUAUUCGAGAAAGUAUACGAAAUCGAGCGGAAAUUGAGCGAUUUGUGAAGGUUUUGAAGCGGAAAACCGAUGGGAUUCGAGACAAACGAAAACUCGCCGCCAUUCGUGCUCAUCUUCAAUACCUCUGCGCCUCGAUUUCUGAUCUACGGGAUAUAUUAGAAACGAAUGGAAUGGAUGUUAGUCAGCUCAGAACGUUCGCCGUACCAUCAGAACACUUGAAAUUGGAACCGCCACCCGCUUUUCAUGUUUUGGAAGAAUUAGUAAGCGGUGAGAGAAAGAUCGAUGCUGCUCAAGGACCAUCCACACACGAAAUUAGUCGAAUUUUCCCAUUGCCACGAGCCGCCGACCCAUAUUGGAUUAUAAUGACAGAAUACGAUAUUCCAACCCUACAAAAUGCUCUAACAAAACUCGGACCCUUCUGGUUCCCGACGAAAAUGCAAGUGCCUGAGCAUCUAAUGGAAAAACUGGAAAAACAUUCAAAUUUGCCGACUUACAACCUGCAUCGAUUGCUACUUUGUAAAAUAGAUCAACUAUCGAAAAUGCAUCACUUUGAGAAAUUUAAAGAUGUUCUCAGUUUGGCGCUGCACUCGCUAAAACUCGUCCAUGAAUCGUGGGUAAUGACGGCCGCAUUCGAAAUGAUACAGGUGCCGGCGAUUAUUGUGAAUCAGCAAUUCGCAUGGGAACGACACUCGUUGGAGAGGGAUUUCGCGCAGACUCAGCUCAUUUUUAAUUCCGAUCAUUUUGUGCCGAAUGAUUAUAGUGCUGGAAUGAUUAAUGAGUGUCUCGGCCUAAUGAUCAACAUUGGCGAUGCUCAAUCGGUGUUGGAGAAGGGUGGACAAUUAUCAAUGGAACGUUUCAAGUCGGUACCGAUUGCUCGAAUGUUCGGUGCCUACCUCGUCAACUACUCGGAUCCGGCAACACGUAAAAAGUGUGCCGAUGGCUUCUGGCGUACAGUAACCCAACGACUACUUGAAGCCCAACCGCCACGUGGAUUUCGGCGGGGAAACGAGGUGGAACAGGCGUUGCUAGUGACACGGAAAGAGUUGGCCGACCUAUUUCAUUUGUUCUCGCUAAUUCGAGACCAACGAGUUGUCGAUUUCUUGCUCGCCUACGCUGUAUGCCUACAUAAUAAGGUGGUGAUUGGACAAAGGAAGAGCAAUUUGAAAAUUCAUGCAAAAUUGUUGGAUUUGUACACGCCUGAUCCUAAUGCGCCAAAAAUCGAUAUUUCCAACCCGGAUGAUGUCCGUCAACUGCUUCAGCUGAUGGUAGAAAAAGCGUAUUCCCUAUCACCAACCGAUCCAGACACAAUCCGAACAUACGCCGACUUUCUCUACGUGGAACGCGAUUUUCAAGGCGCCGCGCAAAAAUACAUGGAAUACUUCACGGCCCACUCACCCACACUCCGCCUAUCCCCAUUCGACGCAUUUACCGUAUUCGAUGAUACGGUAGUUCAGAGAUUACGGUAUUGUACUGCAAAUGCUGGUUAUUUGACAAUGUCACUGCUGACGUGUCAAUGGUUGAAAGUUGGCAAGACGAAUGCAUAUCAGAAGGCGAUGGCUGUGUUAGAGCACAAUGAGACACGGGAUGUUGGAGCAAAUUGUGCAGAUUAUGUAACUGAUGUUGUCGCAAUUGAGCUACUUAGUCAGCAUUAUCAUUCGAUGAUGAUGACAAAGAGUUUGGACACUUUGUAUACCGGAGCGAAUUCCCUAUCGGCGAACAAGAAUGUACCUCAGGUACUUGCAACACAAGAAAUCAAUCGAAGAACUACCAAAUUCCUCACUGCACUCUCUUCCAUCUAUUUUGGACUACAUGUUUGAAUUCGUUUUUUUUUUGCGAAAUUUUUGAAUUUUCAGAAAAAUUUGAGUUUUUAUGGUUUUUUUUUUCAAUUUUCGCGGGUUUUUUAACAUUUGAUUUCUCCUUUGUUGUAAUUUAUUUUAUUUUUCGGAUUUUUGCCUACAAUUAAAUCUUACAAUUUAG